UAUUAUAUGUAUGUAAAUACGUAAAACAAACAAAACACACCAAACUGUGAUAUAUCUUCUAUAUUUUUAUUACGUUAAACUGCUUAGACAGUAAAUUUAGUUUUCCAAAAAUAUUUAUUAUAGUUUAAAAAUUAUACUUACGUGCUAUGAGCGAAAGCCAAUACUUUUGCCCUCGGCUUAUCGACUAUUUAGCUAUUGUCGGAGCACAUCCUAAUUCUUCUAAAAGAAGAUCUUUGUAUGAAUUACAAAACUGUAAUGAAGAAUAUAGUAGUGGAAUCAGUUCAACUUCGGUCAAUAAUGACGACAACUUCUUUAUUCAGAAUCCAGACUUACUUCGAAGAUAUCCAGCAGAUGAUCAUAAAGAUUUUAUACUACCAGAAACUAUGUCAUAUUUUUGUCAACCAGAAGGAUGUGUUUCCUUUAGACGUAGUCGAUCAGAAUCGAACAAAGUAACAUCAUUUGUAUUUACACUAACAGAUAAAGAUACAACUCGAACUAGGUAUGGUGUUUGUGUAAACUUUUAUAGGCGUGUUAGCCAAUGUUAUACAAACACAAAUACUUCAAAGGAUCUUGACUCGAGUGAAGAUCAAUAUUUAAAAAAACACCAAAAGAAUCAUUCAUCGGUAUUUUUAAAAUGUCAUUCCACAAGUUCAUUUAGUAGAUCAGUCUCUGAGGAAUAUCCUACAAAUAAAUUAAGUGAUAUGUCUGCAACUAAUGUUCAACCACAGCCAGAAUCUCAAUAUUUAUAUUCUUUAACAUCAUUGUGCCUUCUCUCUCAUCAUCCAUUAUUUUCAAAUUUUCGUUCAUGUUUAUUUUAUUUAAAAAACAUAAUUGAUUCUUGUAAUAAAAGAAUUAAUCGGAGCAGAAAAAAAUAUCAUAAAAGUAAAGAGUGUAUAUGGAGCUUAUUAACUGGAUUAUUAACUCAAGCGAAUUCGCCCAGGAUUAUACAAUACAUCAAAGAAAUUGAAAUGUGGAUUUUACGUUUACUUAGCACUCCAGUUCCAGUACCAGGAAAAACAAAAAUCGAGGUUUAUUUAUUUUCGCAAAAUCAGUGCCAACCACCUUUAACAUUUGCAUUGCCGGACCAUACGAGAUUUUCAUUGGUCGAUUUCCCAUUACAUUUACCCCUAGAGUUAUUAGGAGUAGAUACGUGUCUCUAUGUACUAACUAUUAUUUUAUUAGAAAAUAAAGUCGUCUUCCAAUCUAAAGAUUAUAAUGCACUCUCAAUGUCAGUAAUGGCUUUAGUUGCACUUAUGUAUCCUUUACAAUACAUGUUUACUGUAAUUCCAUUGCUGCCCACUAGCUUACCGAAAUCGGAAAUGCUAUUUGAGAGUCCUGUGCCUUAUGUAGUUGGAGUUCCAUCCAGUUUUUUUACAACAAAACGAAAUUUCCGAUUUCCUAAAGACGUUUGGAUAAUAGAUUUGGAUUCGAAUAAAAUAACUCCACCAAUAACCGUUAACCGAGAGGAUGCUAUACCACCUUUACCUAAAUCGGAAUCGAUAACAUUGAAAAAUAACUUAAAAUCUGCUUUAAAUGGGCUUUCCCGAAUUAACAUAAAUAAUAAAUCAACGAAUUACUUUCCGGAAAACGAAAUUAUGUCAAUAACACGGCCUUCUAUCGAUACAAAUACUGGAGAAGAAGUUUUAAAAAGAAAAAUCGAAAACAUAAAAUUCACAAAAAAAAACGAAUACGUCGAUAAUACCACUAAUAAAGAAAUAAGAAGACAAAUAUCAACAAAUACAGCAUUCAACACGGUUGAUAUUGACUCAGUGGAUAUUGCAAUUAGAGUGGCCAUGGUGCGUUUUUUUUUAUCCGGCGACGUACUGGCAAAUCUCACAGAACAUUCGCGGACACUGAGACUUUACCCCAGACCAGUGGUAUUCUUUCAAAUCAACUCGUUUCUGAAAAGUCGCCCGAAUCCGUCACUAUUCACUUGUCAACUGUCUCGGACGCAAGCAGUAGAUUAUUUCGCCGAAUGGGCAUUAACACCGAACAACGUAGUAUUCCAACGAAUUCAGACAGGUGUCUGCGAUCCGUUCAUGAUUGGAGAUAAACUGAAAUGGUUUGCGAAUAAUUUGGAACCUAUUGUGUUUACCGUCUGGCAAGAGAAUUGCAUGAUUCAAAACAUAAUGAACAUCAACGAGAAUUCUAACCGUCGUUCAGUAUUCGAAUUAAGUCAUCGGUCCGACAGUGACAGCAGUGACACUGGCAGUAGCGAUGACGAGAGAUCAUCGCGUUACCACAAAGAAUUUACAGGAAAUGUCACUGGUGAUAUAAUUAAAAUAGAAAACCGAAGGCUUAACAUAGGACCAAUAGUGCAAGGUGUACAUUCUGCCUAUGAACCUCCGAUAACAUUACAGAUCCCAAUGGCGACAGAUGAUAGCCCAGAUGAUGGUACCGUUGAAUCGACGGGCAGCAAAUCAAAUGGUUCAUCUCCAUCCAGUAGCCAUAGUGACAUGAGCUCGCCUAUGUUCAAACCCGAAUCAUUAAUAGACAUCGUUAGAUGUAGUCAACUGCAACAACAACCAUCACAAUUGACUGCAACUGCUUCGGGUAACAAACUUCUUCUAAGCAGACAUAAUACAGGCGGUAGUGAUUCUGCUUUAAACCAUGUAGUUGUAGCACAAAAACCAAAUAAUAAUUUUAGACCAACAACACAAACAUCUACAGAAUUUUAUGAAACAGUACCUUUAACAGCAGAAAAAAAACAAAACAUCAUAUCAAGUCCAUCUUCGUCGAGAAAAGGAAGCCUGAGUAGUCUACACCAACAGUUGACUAGGCAAUCCAGUCAAAACAGUUCAAUUUUAGAACAUUUCGCUUAUCAAGCUAAAGAACUUGUUAGAGAAACAGCCAGACAAAGUAGUCAAGAAGGUGCUGGAGGAAUAUUAGCACAUGUUGCAGACAAACUAACCACCCAAGCAAAAAAAGCUGCAGGUGAAGCUACUAAAUCUGUACAUGAAGCCAGUAAAACAGCAUUUGAAGCCAGUAAAACAGCAGCAGGCGUAAGCAAAAAUACUUUUGACGAUUUGACAUACGUCGGAAAAAGCACAAUUGGUGACUUAACGAAAAGUGCAAAACAAGUUGCUUCCAAAAAAGGAUUUAAGGUUGGAUUAUUGAGUGAAUCUACUUCAUUAAGCCAGCAGGAUCAAAGUUUUGAUGAUGAUGAUAUUAAAGAUUCUAUGAAUUCGUCUACAAAUCCAGUUUCAUCCAGUUCUAUUUCAGAAAUUAGAAAACCAUCAGUAACAUCGAUGGGAACGGGUGCCACUAAAGAUUUCUUUUCAAACAUAACAAGUGAUAUAAAUGGAUUAGCGAAUCAAACUUCAAGCAUGUUUAACGAUUUAUUUGGUAACAAGCAACCAAAAAAUAACAAAUCAUCACUUACAUUACCAGUGACUAGAACUAAAGAGCGAACAUCUUCCGGAUCUUUUCCGACAAAAGUAGGUCGGAAUGAUUUAGUAGAAAAGUCUAAUUUGAUUAGACAUUCAAACCCAAGAAAACUAAGUGAAACAUCGAGAGUACCAAACAAAAAAUCAAUCAAACCUAAUAGUCACAUGGACAACGAAGCUUUUUUGAAGGAUGUAACCAAACAAAUUCUUGAUGGAGAAGGAAUUGGUUGGCUGAAGCUCAGUAGAUUUAAAAAAUUGAUGGAAGAAGAGGGUUACCGCAAUUUAGUAGUCAGUAAACUAAACCAAACAUUGGAUAAUAAAAUUAGCCCUAGCGAUCACAUUGAUGAUGUGUAUAUCAGUAGACCAGUUUGGAAAGGAAUGUUAAAAGCCUUAUUAGCAAUAAUUCAUGGAUUAGAAGUGUCUUUUAGUAAUCAAUGUGGAGGUGGUCUAGCAUCUGCAUUCCAAGUAUUAGAAAUAGCUCACACUCACUAUUGGACUAAGGACAUGUCUAUGACUGGUUUUGAAUCUCAAACAUCCAGUCCAUUUGGUAGUCGUGAAAAUGUACAGUCACCUUUACAAAGUCCAAGUAUUGCAAGCUCACCAAUUUCAAGUGUUUAUCAAGCAUCUAGAAAAUCUUCUCAAACUAGUACAUCUGGUUUAUCAGAAUGUAAAAACAAUCCAGCUGGAAAAUUUGCUCAAGAUUUUUCAUUAACAGACGAUGGCGAAGGAUCAAUUACAAAUAAUUCUUCCAAUGAAGUUUUUAAUGACUUAAUGAAUAUUGAAAAUAUUAAACAAGAACAAGUAUCAACGAAUCCUUUUUUGGGAAAUGAGGGAGAAGUGGCUACUAUUGGACCUGUAGUGGUGUCCGAUGAAUCCAGUUGUAAUAGUAGUUCUGUAUUAGUUAAUAAUCCAUCAUUUUAUUUGAAACGGAUGUCAAGCAACAGCAGUAGAAAUAAUACAUCGUUUUUCCGAAGCGCUGUAUCAGACAGUGAAUUGGAUAAUUCGGGACUUUUCAAGGUUACGAAUAAAAAUCGCACUCAAAGCAUUUGGUCCAGUAAAUCAUCGCUGAGCGCUGGAUUCCGAUACCACGGAGGUAAUCUUUUGAAUACUGCAUCUGGGUCGCCUAGUCCGGAUUCAGGACGAACAUAUUUAUUCGAAGGUAUACUGGGAAAAGAACGGAGCCCGAUUUGGAAUCAAUUGAAAUUUUGGGAAGAUGUGUUUAUCGAUGCUGUCAGCCAAGAAAGAGAUAUGAUAGGAAUGGAUCAAGGACCAAUAGAAAUGAUGGAAAGAUAUAAGAAUCUAAAUCAAAGUGAACGGAAACGCCUGGAAUAUGACGAAGAUAAACUUCUGUCAAUAAUGAUAUACAAUUUAAUAGCAUUCAUGGUCAUGGUAAAUGUUCCUAAAGAAAGUGUGAUGAAAAUCGUAAGAACUUUGGUUGGAAAAAGCAGAGUAACAAAUUGUUACGCGACUGAAAUAACGAGUUUAAUGGCACAACUUUCCAAUCUGAAUGGAAAUGAUGUUGACUUGAAGCCGUCGAAUUCGAGACAGGCACACAGGCAAAGUUUUGCAGUACACUGUGGCGAUUCUUCGGGGGAACUGCUGUUCUUAGAGGUCAGAGACGACGGACUGGUGUUGAGAUCUGUAAACGGAGUGAUAGUCAGUAGAUGGUGGUAUGAGCGGAUAGUGAACAUGACUUACAGCCCUAGGAGUAAAAUAUUUUGUUUGUGGAGAACCGCCAACGGUGGACAACUUCAGCUGAAUAAAUAUUUUACGAAAAAAUGCAAAGAUUUGUACACCCGCAUCAAGCAUUCGAUGGAAAAGGCCGCGGAAAGAGGACAAGGUAUUAUACCCGGAGUCGAAUUAGGAGGAGAGUUUCCUGUCAAAGACAUGGCUACUGGGGAAGGUGGUAUACUCCAAGUUUGCAUGGAAGGUGUUGGCUUAUUAUUCGCUGACAGCAAGGACUUUGAGUUUUUUGUUCGGCUUGAUCACGUACGAAAAUGUUUUACAGUCCAAAAGAAAAUAUUUGUUUUGGAAGAGUACAAUCCAAAAAUGAAACAUAUUAUUCAAAGGCAAUACGAAUCACCAAUGGCUGGACAGAUUUGCUAUGCGGUAUUAUGCGUGUUUUCUUAUAUCGCUGCUGGUCACAAACGGACAAUUAAUCAAACAAAUAAGGAUAAAACGCAGCGGAAACUGUCGACGGAUUCAAGUGAUAACAGAGCUGUAAACCGUGAACGCAUACAAUUUGAGUAGAAACUUUGAAUAGUGACAUCAGUAUACGUGUAGCGUACGAUGUUACUGGUAUUAAAAAAUACAUCAAAGUACAGUAGGUAUUAAUUUAGAACCAUUUAAAAUAUUUUUAAUUUAUUACACUAUG